UCAACCAAAUCUGUGUGAGAAGAAAAAUCAAAACAGAUGGUUAUCAAAGAGAGGGAGAUGGAGAUUCCUGUUAUUGAUUUUGGAGAAUUGGAUGGAGAGAACAGAAGCAAGACCAUGGCACUUCUUGAUCAUGCAUGUGAUAAGUGGGGCUUCUUCAUGGUUGAUAAUCAUGGAAUUGAUAAAGAGUUGAUGGAGAAAGUGAAGAAGAUGAUUAACUCUCACUAUGAGGAGCAUUUGAAAGAGAAGUUUUACCAGUCAGAGAUGGUCAAGGCUUUGAGUGAAGGCAAAACCUCAGAUGCAGAUUGGGAAAGCAGUUUCUUCAUAUCUCACAAGCCAACUUCAAACAUCUGCGAGAUCCCAAACAUUUCAGAGGAACUCAGCAAGACGAUGGAUGAAUAUGUUUCUCAGUUGCACAAGUUUGCAGAGAGGCUCUCCAAGCUCAUGUGUGAGAAUCUUGGUCUUGAUAAGGAAGACAUAAUCAAGGCGUUUUCUGGUUCAAAAGGUCCAGCUUUUGGAACAAAAGUGGCUAAAUACCCAGAAUGUCCUAAUCCUGAGCUUAUGAGAGGGCUGAGAGAACAUACGGAUGCUGGUGGCAUCAUAUUACUGCUACAGGAUGAUCAAGUGCCUGGUCUUGAGUUCUUUAAAGAUGGGAAGUGGGUUCCUAUACCACCAUCCAAGAACAAUACCAUCUUUGUCAAUACUGGUGAUCAACUCGAGAUACUGAGUAAUGGGAGGUACAAGAGUGUUGUACAUCGUGUAAUGACAGUGAAGCAUGGAAGUAGACUGUCGAUUGCUACGUUUUACAAUCCGGCUGGUGAUGCCGUAAUAUCUCCAGCUCCAAAGCUCUUGUAUCCAAGUGGCUACCGGUUUCAAGACUACCUGAAGCUUUAUUCAACUACCAAGUUCGGAGACAAAGGCCCCAGACUUGAGACCAUGAAGAAAAUGGGAAAUGCGGAUUCGGCCUAGGAAGCAUCAUCUGGCCUUUAACGCUUUAUGUGUUUCACAACAUAACUCUCCCUUUUUAUUAAACUUUGUCUUCUUCUUGUGUUUCCUUUAUAAUUCAAAUAACCAGCCAUGUCAGGAUCAUGCUGAUUCAGCUAUACUACAUCAAUAGAACAAGCAGUUCACAACUAUCACCACUUUGUUCCAAUAAAAAGUAACAUUUUUU